GCACCGGGGCCGGGAAGAUGGCGGCGUCGGUGUCCACGGCGUCCGGCGCGCAGCUCUCGAGCACCGUGGCCGAGCCAGCGAGGGCGAACGGAAGCAUGGUUCGCCAGGCCGCGUCCCCUUACGUGGUGUACCCGCCCGAUAAGCCUUUCCUUAACAGUGACCUGCGGCGCUCCCCGAGUAAGCCCACGUUCGCCUACCCCGAGAGCAACAGCAGAGCCAUAUUUUCUGCUCUGAAGAAUCUUCAAGAUAAGAUUCGACGCUUGGAACUUGAGAGGAUUCAGGCAGAAGAGAGUGUGAAAACCCUGUCCAGGGAAACGAUCGAAUAUAAGAAAGUACUGGAUGAGCAGAUACAAGAAAGGGAGAAUUCAAAGAAUGAGGAAUCCAAGCACAAUCAAGAACUGACGUCUCAGUUAUUGGCGGCAGAGAAUAAAUGCAAUCUUUUAGAGAAACAGCUGGAAUAUAUGCGAAACAUGAUAAAGCAUGCAGAAAUGGAGCGGACGUCCGUCCUGGAGAAACAGGUUUCCUUAGAGAGAGAACGACAACACGACCAAACGCAUGUUCAGAGCCAACUGGAAAAACUGGACCUUCUCGAGCAGGAGUAUAACAAGCUGACGGCAAUGCAGGCCCUCGCGGAAAAAAAAAUGCGCGAGUUGGAAGGCAAGCUCCGCGAGGAAGAGCGGGAGAGGAAGCGCAUGCAGGCCACGGCGGCCCAGUUGCAGACCGGCCUGGAAGCCAAUAGGCUCAUCUUUGAAGACAAGGCCACUCCGUGUGUCCACAGUGCAAGAAGAAUUAAAAAAAAGAAGUCAAAGCCACCAGAAAAGCGAUGUCCUCGGAGCCAUCUUGCCGCACAGCCGCAUUACAGGCUGUGCUUGGGUGACAUGCCGUUUGUUGCUGGGAAGUCCACCAGCCCCAGCCACGCCGUGGUGGCCAACGUCCAGCACGUCCUGCACCUGAUGAAGCAGCACAGCAAAGCCCUGUGCAACGACCGCGUGGUCAGCAGCGUCCCCCUGGCCAGGCAAGCACCCUCGCGGAGCAGCAAGAACAAGAAGUCGGUGACGCCGCCUCCCUCCAGCAGCACCAGCGAGGAGCUGUCCGAGGUCUUGCAAACGCUGCAGGAUGAAUUUGGGCAAAUGAGCUUCGAUCACCAACAGCUUGCCAAGCUCAUCCAGGAGUCCCCGACGGUGGAGCUGAAAGACAACUUAGAGUGUGAGCUGGAGGCGCUAGUGGGGCGGAUGGAAGCAAAGGCCGGUCAAAUAACUAAAGUUCGAAAAUAUCAAGCUCAGCUGGAGAAACAGAAGGCAGAGAAGCAGAAGAAGGAAUUGAAAAGCACCAAAAAGACUCUUGAUGAAGAAGGAAACAGCAGCAGCCGGUCCUCUGGAAUCACAGGGUCCACAAACAAGAAGGACGUCGCCAAACUGCGACCCGGAGAAAAAAGCAGGAAGAACCUCCAGUUGCUGAAGGAAAUGCAAACCAUCCAGAGUUCGCUGCAAAGCGACAGCGUGUGCUGGGAUUACUAACUGGCACCAGGCUGUGAAUUUCAUCCAGAUAACCUGUAACCUCAGUGAAUCACAUGUUGGCAAUUUUCUCCCCAGGUCCCAGGCCCUCUCGUGUUGGAACUAAUGGCGCAGGUGUCCAGGCCCGCACAGUUGCACGGCAGCCCCCGCCCGGCACGGCCCCGCGCGGCCAGGGCCAGGGCCAGGGGAGCUGUCAGGGAGAAGCUGCCACCUAGACUGUUUGCGUCCCGUGAAUUUGCUGUUCUGGAAUAGUGCACUUUGUAAACAGAUGACCAGUUUUUUACUUGUGGGUGUGAUUUUUUACAGUAGUUCUUUAUCUAAAUAAAAUUAGGUUUUAAUUCAGAAAAUCGGAGGCUGUCCCAUAGGCAGAGCUUGCUUGAAAAGUCUAGUUUUAAAUUUCCCUGACAGGCAGGAUUUGCCCUUCUCCCCUUUCCAGCACAACUGUCAGAUACAUUGUUGCAACUGCGGAGGAAGGUCUUCUGUAUAUAAGUAUUUAUAGCUAUUUAAGGGGGUUAUUUUGUUUCACUUUUUGACAUCAAUCAGCUAUUAAGUGUACUUAUAUUGAUUUUUAAUCCACUGUUUUAGAGACCCAAGCACUCAUUUCAAGUCAAUUAAUUGUAAAGAUUAGAAAAGCGCUUUUAAAGGCUAAACAGAUUGUUAAUGAAGUAAAUGGAAUUCUGGAAUGGAAGGGGAGGUGCUGUGACGCAUAUGCAUUUGCUGUUUUUAAGUGACGCCUGUGUGUAAUCAUGCUGCCAGCCCAGGCCUUGCAGCUGUACUGUGAACGCGCAGGACCCCUCAGCGCGCCCUCGCUGGCGUGCAGUGCGAGUGUGCCACCGGCUGUACGCGUGCGGCCGGCACGCUCACGGAAGCUGUGAUUGUGAGUAGAUCAAGACAUCAACUUUUUAUAAAUUGCCACUGAAGUCAAUAAAGCAGAUUUUUUUUAAGGAAAUAAUGGAAUCUUGU